AUGUUUUUAGACUUGGCAGACCGCGUUCACCCCGAGUACAUCACCAACCACCUUUCUUCCGGAGACCCGCUCCAGCCACAUCCAUCUCGUUCUCCCGUCCAAGAAGGGGUCUCGGAUACCAUGGAUUCCAGAGAUUCCUCUGAGAUUCCCCCGACUCACUCGUACCCGUCCCCCAACGCGGCGCAAAUCGGACAAGCCACCAUGUCCUAUUACGCCAACCAGUCUCGCCAUCUGACUGAAGAUGAGUUGCAUCUCUCCGCUGAGCUGUCGCGCGACGCCUCUGCUGCUAAUAUUAAUGACUCCUCCGCAAAUGGCAUUGCCCAUGGACAAUCCAUGGUCUUGGGUCAGUCCAACCCUGGCGCGGCGGAUAUGAAUCGUGCUUCUCCAUCCGAUCAGCAUCAGCAACAACAGCAGCAGCAACAACAGCAACAGCAACAGCAGCAGCCGCAGCAACAACAACAACAACAACAACCACAACCUCAUCUUCUUCAGUUCCCUCCAAAUCAACAGGUCGGAGUCGAUCCCAAUCAUGACUUGAGCUAUGGGGACCAGAGUGCGCGACGGAAGAGAUCAAAGGUUUCCCGCGCGUGCGAUGAGUGUAGGCGCAAGAAAAUUCGAUGUGACGCCACGUCAGAAGCAGGUGUCGAAACCUGUUCCAACUGCCGCCGAACCAAUGCGACUUGUGAAUUCAGUAGGGUUCCAAUGAAGCGCGGCCCGAGCAAAGGGUAUAUCAAAGAACUGGCCGAUCGUAUCAACAGUCUUGAAAACCAGAUGCAUCCCGGACUUGGCCAAUCCGACAUUCCGUACCAGGCAAUGCAGGACGACACAUCUCCCAGAGGAUACCAGGAGUUUUCAUCCCCGGUAGAAGGCAAUUUAUUAUCCCGCAAGAGGACUUAUUCCAUGUCAGAGGGUCUUCCGAAUACCUUCAUGCAGCCUCCGUUCUCGCAAACCGGACGCCCAUCUUCGGUCGGGGGUUGGCCUGUCCAGGCCCCAAGUAAAGACCAAGCACAAGUUCCUCAGGGAGAUGGUGGUGCUGGUGUAUCUAUAUAUUCCGGCCCUCUUUUGACUAAUGGGUCUGUUGCUAAAAUUAAUCAACCUUUCUGGUCACAAGAAGGCACUGGCACAGGACAGCAAACUGAGAUUAGUACCUUGGGAGAUGAGUUACAGCCUUUAAUUGAAUUGGACGACAAAGUGUUUGAUGCUUACUACAAUCAUAUCCACCCCUUACUCCCUGUGUUACCCAACUCAAGGGAAAGAUUCUGCGACCAUCUCCAACAAUGCAAUCGACAAAUCCAAGAAUCAUUUCUACAUUGUCUCUACGCCGUCACUGGAGCGAAUUUGCUUCGUGCUGGGAAUCAAUUCCAGCAAAUUCUAACAUACGAAAAGGCUCAAGACCGGCUGUACGCGUCAUUUCGCGAAGACCCAUCUACCAGAUCACGGUCUACCAACUUGUUGCUCCUCCAAAGCAUUCUUUUGAUGGUUCUCGAGGCCGACUCUCGUGGUCCAGAAAAUCUGUUGGGGCAGAACGGUCUCUCGAAAUCGGUGCUGUUGGAGAUUGCUUUCCCUCUGUCAUACUAUAUUGCCAAAAGUCUGGGCCAAAUUAGGACGAGCAACCCAGAUGACACUGAUUCCGAUUCCGAUGGAAAUAUCGCAAGACGCGAUUGGAUUGUUUUCGGCAUUUUGUCCCGCUGGCAUGCUGUUGCUGUGGCAGGACCUGACCUUUUCGAUACGAAUGAAACCGCGACUCUGGAAGAUAAACAGGUUUUUAGCCUUGCGACGAUGCAAAUAUCGCGUUAUUCUACGCUUCUAUCUGAGGUCCAUGACCUCUUGUUUGAUCCUACGCCAUAUACACUUUCAAACUACGGCGCUAACCGUGCUCUUAAACGCAACCUGUACGGCCAAUUAAAUCGCAUCAGGGAUGUUGAACAGCUUCAUCUGUACGCCAGCGGUGACAGCGUGAACAAUGCGCGCAUUGAAGAACUUUCUCCCCUGAUGUUCUGGUUCAUCACUCUUCUCCUGAAACGACACCUGUUCACGUAUACCCCUUCUGAAGUCCUCUACCCGGCCGAAGUCAUCAUUGACCUUCUCCACAAACAAUCUCAGUCCGAAACACCCAUCUCCUCCCCAUUCCAUCUCCACUUCCUCUCCCUGGCCGUAGUCACUCUCCUUGAAAUCACGGACCUGCCAGACCUCGCAAACGACGCGUGGGAGUCGAUAGAGAAAGCACUUCAGGUCAUCUCCUAUCGCGAAAAGCACGCAGCUACGGCAGGAGAAUUCGAGAAUGUCUUCGCUACUUCCAGCUGGGACGGAUGCAUCCACGCCUUCAUCCAGGCGAAACUUGCCAAAGUCAGACAGGUCCCACAGGGCAUGGCGGGUGCCUUGGGCGGUGUCGCUGGAUCUGCCCAGCCGCCCCUUGGCCCGAGGGAGCAGCGCUCCCUGCAACACCUGGCCGAUCUGGCCGUUGGUGCGGGUGGUGGUGUGAACGCUUCCUCGCCCCCGCCAACUUCUGCGGUGAAUGUGGCUGGCGAUGACAAGGACCUUGGCGCCGGGGCGGGGUCGGGGGCCGGUGUUUCUGGUGGCGUCGCUGGUGCUGGUGAGCUUGGUGAUGGCCUGCCUCAUUCUGGCGAGGAGCAAAAACAGAUGUCCCCUGUCUUCGUUGACUUUACGAGGUUAACUAAGCGGGGUUACCUUAAUGUCCUUGCUGGCAGUUGA